AUGGAGGCUUUGAGUGCUGCUCAUGCAGCGACUUCGCCCUCGACAUCCACAUUCCCCACCUCCCCCGCUCCCUCCUCUCCUGGCUACCUGCAGUUCUUCUGGGAGUACCAGGACAUCUCUGUAAUUGUGGAACAUUACAACUACACUGGCAAGCUGCAGAAAGACCGCUACCGGGAGGGGCUCAAACCUGAGGGCAUCGCGUUCCUGGUGGUGUGUCUUCUCAUUGUCUUGGAGAAUGCCGUGGUUCUCAUCGCCAUUUGGAGGAACAAGAAGUUCCACGUGCCGAUGUAUUACCUGCUGGGUAACCUGACUCUGUCCGAUCUUUUGGCUGGGAUAACUUACAUGGCCAACAUUAUCAUGUCUGGACGUAAUACUUUGAACCUAACACCAUUACUAUGGUUUGUCCGGGAAGGAGGGGUGUUCAUCACUCUGGCUGCCUCCAUCAUUAGUCUCCUGGCCAUUGCAAUUGAACGCCACGUUACUAUGGUGACAAUGAGGCCAUACCAUGGAGCCAAGCGGGGACGAAUGUUGGCAUUGAUUGGUGCAAGUUGGGCCCUCGCAGGCUUUUUGGGGGUCCUGCCGAUUCUGGGAUGGAACUGCAUGCACAGACUGGACCAGUGUUCUACAGUGCUGCCACUUUACGCCAAGAGCUACAUCCUCUGCUGCGUAUCUGUGUUCAGUGCAGUGCUCCUGGCCAUUGUGGUCCUUUAUGUCAGAGUAUUCCGCAUUGUCCGUACCAACACACAGCGCCAGCGGCUGGGCAUAUCAGCCAGCAUACGGAAAGGCUUGGCAAGGAAGUCAGAGAAGUACAUUGCCCUCCUCAAGACAGUCACAAUUGUGUUGGGCGUCUUCAUCGCCUGUUGGCUUCCCCUCUUUCUCCUCCUCCUUAUGGACUUUUUCUGUCCAACUCACAGUUGCCGCCUGCUCUACAAGGCUGACUACUUCCUGGGAGUAGCCAUGGUCAACUCGCUUCUCAACCCCAUCAUCUACACGCUAACCAGCAAGGACAUGAGGCGAGCCAUUUUGAGACUGCUCUGUCGGCCGUGUCUGAUGACCAGAGACGGCCAAGUGAAGAAGAUCGGGAUGCCGUUCCUGGAGUGCAGCUUCAGUAAGACUGAGGUGGCCUCCCAGAAGUUAGAGGUGGGACAAGAGACGACUAUGUCUUCUGGGAAUGUCAUCACCUCCCCAUCUCCAAUUAAAGCUCUUUACCCCAAACUAUUCAAAUCAUAA